UUAGCAGACGACAAUCAACACGAAGCAAGAAAUUCAAUAAUUUGUUUGAAAAAAUGUUUAUCUCUACGGAAAAUAGUGCAAAAAUAAAACUAAAAUAAUAAGAAAACAUGAUUUUAGAGAAGAAUUACGAAUUUUACAAUAUUUUGAAAUAGUGUGAAAGAAAACAUGGCUUUGGAUCAAAAGAAUAGUGAUGUAUUCGGUCUUGUUACUCAAUUAUGUGAGCAUUUAAUUGAAAAACAAUGUUUAUUAAAGGAUCAACGUUAUUUAACAGAAAAAAAUUCUCUUUGCCUUUUAAAGAGAAUGAGAUCGAAAGCUUUCGAGAUUCUUCUCAAUAAAACUAAUUACUCUUUGGAUAGUGACAGAAGGUACGAUCCGAUUGCAGAGCUUUUAAAACAUUCCUUUAAACUUAAAGUUGAACUUGGUCGUCGAUCACAGGCUAAAAAAUUGGAGAAUUUGCUCGAUGAAUUUCUUUUAAAUACACCUGAGGAAUCAAGUUCUUUUGUUCCUUCAAUUUUUGUUUUUUUAAAUGAAUUAAAAAAUUCACAAGUUGAGGACGAGGAAAGUUUGAACAUUUUCAAUUGCGGCAAAGCAAAUCCACUUUUACCUGAAGAAAUUGGCAAUGAUAAUGAGGUGUCAUUUCAAAUUUAUCCCUUGGAAGCCUGCAAAUUACCGAAUAAAUUUGAAACAGUUCUUGGAGUAAAUCGAGAGAGUAUUAUUCGAGACAGUGCCGCAGAUCCUGGAAGCAAUCUUUUACUUUUAAAUCAGUUUACAUCAAACUGUUCGGUUGAUAUUCAAUCGAUUGGUUAUCAAAGUAAACGAGGAUCAGUAAUAUCAACACCAGGAUGUGUUUCAACUUUUUCUCGAGUCAUGAGCUACUCGAUGGGUUCACAUUUUCUACCGCAGAUAAAUGAGGAUGGAGGAUUUUUAGAAGGUAUUCAAUCAGUGGAGGGAAUAGUAACAGAACCUGAAUCACCAUGGCCACCUCACAAUGACAAUCAAAGUGCUUCAGACAUUUGGGAGGAACAAAUAUCAAAUCAUUCUCUCAACAAUGAAGAUGAAAAUUCAAAAAGUUUGAUUAUUUGGGAGGAUAUUCAUAAGAUUCCUCCAGAGAAAAAUGCUCGCACUUGGGAGAAUUUGGGAAUUGAAGAAUCGAUCAAGGAACCAUCAUUUCUCUCAGAAUCAAAUGAAGCUGUUUUGCAUUUGGCUAAAUUGAAACAAGCUGCUAUUUUACCUCUACUUUCUGAAGAAGCUCUUCUGUCCACGCCAUUAAUUACCGAGAUUUCAUCACUAACUUUUAUCAAGGAUAUUAAAUUGUUACUCCUUGGUGUUGAAUCAAAUUCUUUCUGUUACGAUCCUGUGGAGGGUUUUAGUUUAAAGAAGAAUUUAGCUAUUUGUGGCAUUAGUCCCGAGUCACUAGAAAAUAUUUCCUAUGAAAUUAUUCGAUGGGGUACGUGCUUUAUGGCUUUAACUAAUUUAGUAACGCCUGAUCCGAAUUCGGGGAAAUUACAAGUCGGGGGCCUAAUUUUCAAGGCUAUGUGUGAUAGUGUAAAAGAAUUUCUGCUUUUUUAUCAAGCAGCCGUUCUUCAAAUUCCCAUUACCGAAGACGAGAAAAUGGGACUUUUGAAUUUACUUAACUCAGCGAGACCGUUAGGGUUUUUAAUUGUUGAAGUUGCUGAACUUUGUCAGUGCAAUGGAUUAGAGAAAACUUCAUUGGGCGAAGGUUUAGGAAUACUCACUCAUAUUUACGAACAAGUUACAAAGGUUACUAAACCAAAUGUGGCCUUUAUAUUUUAUUCUAUUUUAAAAUCAUGCUGCGAAGUAUAUUUUCGAUUCUUGAGAAAAUGGAUAUUUGAAGGUAUAUGCGAAGAUGUUUAUGGAGAAUUUAUGAUUAAAGUAAAACCCCAUUAUGUAAGAUUGAAAGAUCGUAAAUUCUGGACCAGAGCCUUCACGAUAAAUAAUCAAUCGGUGCCGGGAUUUCUUCGAAGUUUCACGGACUCGAUUUUAGAAUGUGGCAAAACUGUACGACUAUUAAAAAUUUGCGAUCCAAAGAAUGCCGUUUGUAUCGUGUCAUCAACUUGUCAACCGUCUGUGAGAGUUUGUCUGAGCACAAAAAUGCUACAAGAGCAAUUUAAAUUUUGCAAUACAUACAGAAAACGAGGCGAGGAAGCAUUAGGUUCAAUUGUUUCCUUGCAUUCUGCUUUUAAAGAACGGAUCGAAAAGGAAAAGAGAAGAGCACAACUUGUUAUGGAGGCUCAGCAAGGAACUCUUCAAAGACUAAAAAAGGAAAAAGAGGAUCGCUUGAAAAGGAUCGAAAAAGAAAAGUGCGAGUAUCUCCAAAAAUUAAAAAGCCAAGCAGAGGAAGCCGCUUUGCGAAAAGAAAAAGAUAAGAAUGCCGAAUUGUUAGCAGAUAAAAUCUUUCUUGAAAAUCUAACUAGAGAAGAGGAGGAAGCCAAAAAUCUUCAAAAAGAGGAAAAGGCAAAAACUUUAAAAUAUUAUAACGAGUUGGCAGUCGAAGCUAAAAAGCAACGAUCCCGAACCGAAUGGCGUCUAAAGAGAAUGAAUUUAUUUGAUGAAAGAGUUGAAUUUGUCUUAAAUUUAGAAAAAGAAAUGUGCUCAACAAUCGAUUAUAUGAAUUCUUCUCCGACUGUUGAAGAAGAGAAAAAGGAAGUUGAAAAUUCAGAAAAUAUUGAAACCCCCACUGAAGGUGAAAUUUUAAGCGAAGAUUUGAAAUCCAUAGAAGAAAAUGUAACAAAAUUAGUGAAAGAAGAAAAAGCACAAGAAGAAGAAAAAGAAAUCGAAAUAGAAAAAGAAGAAACUGAUGCUAAUGAUGAUAAAAAAGAAACAAAAAAGGAAGAAGAAGAAAAAGAAGAAGUACACAAAGAUGAAAAUUGCAACGUUAACGAAACUGAAUCGUCAAUUUCGUCAGAAAUUAAAAAUGCAAAUUUAACCCAAAAUAAUGAAUCAAUAAAUACGGAAGAAUGUGUAGAAAAAAAGAAAGCAAUUCGACCCACGGUUCUGGAUAUAAAAUCAAAAACUAUAAAUGACCGGAAAACUGACGAAAUUGUCAGCCUAUUAAAUCCACAGCAUCUCACAAAUUCCGACUACACGACAAAAGAACUUACGUCAAAAAUAACCGACUCCAAAGUCAAAUCAAAUUAUUUAGAAUUAAGAGAAAUCACCAUGUCUGAAGCUCAAAGAAAUAAAGUGCGCGUAAUGCAACACGAAUUCGGCUUAAUAACACCAAAUAAUAACGAAGCAAUAAUUGAUUUCUCAGUUGAAGAGACAAUAAACGCCAAUUUUAUUCCCUCAUUAACUGAACUGCAAAUCAAUCGUCUGAGAAAUACUCGACAUCAAGUCGAUAAUUCGGAUCUCCUACAAAUAACCAAAGUACCGGAAACCACCACCGACAAUAUGACCGAAUUUCAAAAAAAUCGUUUGAGAAAUACAAUUCACAGAACGGAACAGGGAAAUAUUGAGAAGCCAAAAAAAACCGUCACCUUAACGGAUCAUGAGGAAGUAAUUGAAGAAAUCAAAGAAUUAGGCUUUCAAACACCAAUGUCAUCGGCAACGGAUUAUUUCACAUCUUCAAUGAACAGUAGUUCGAUACAAAUGCAAAGUUGUGAAAAUACACCCUUCUCGGAAAUUGGCAGCGAUAUUCAAAUUCCCACGGCGUCUGAUGAAAUUAUUGAAAAUUCGAAAUUAACACUCGAAUCGAGAUUCGAACAUAUUCAGGGUAAAAUAAAGCAUCCGGAUUUUAUUGGCUUUAGUACGGAUGCAACAACACCGACAUUUGAAUCAUCAUUGACUGUUGUUGAUGUCGAAAUGCUUGACGCCACUUCAUUGUCGGUUUAUCUUGAAAAAUCUGUCGCAGUUCCACUUCAAAUACAAUGUAAACUUGUUAAUAAUGCAAUGAUUAAAUAUCUUCUUGAAGAACACAAUAUCAUCUCACAUCUACACAGUCUAAGGGAUUAUUUCUUUUUACUGAAUGGAGAAUUUGCAAAAAGUUUAACACACUCUUUGUUUACGAAAUUAUACGAUGCCUCAAAUCCAUUUGAACUUUUUAAUUCGGCAACAUUGAAAAAUAUUUUGGAUAGGGCAAUUGUAAGCUCGUUGAGUAAUACUUAUGCGAAUUCGGAACUUUUGAGUCUUUCGGCAACUGGAUUGCCAAAAGUUCUUCAGGUAUCAAAUCCGGAGGCGUUAGAUUGUCUUUUAUUGAAUUAUAAAACUUCCUGGCCAUUAAAUAUCAUUUUUGAUAAUGUUGUUAUGCUUCAAUAUACCAAGGUUUUCAAAUUUUUGCUUAUGGUUGGAAGAGUUCUAUGGGUUUUAGAGGAGGAUUUUCAUAUUUUAAAAACUGAAAGUCAAGCCGCUACUUCGGAACAAUAUCAUAAGAUUCAUCUUUACAGACAUUCCAUGAUGCAAUUUAUAAACGCUUUACACACUUAUUUAACGUGCAGUGUUUUGCACGCGAGUUGGGCUGAAUUUGAAAAAGAUUUGGAGCACGCAACAACAGUUGAUGAGGUUUAUUCAUCUCAUGUUGUCUACAUAAAGAAAAUCCUAUCGAGAUGUAUGUUGUACAAGAAAGAUCAAAGAAUGCAGGAGUGUCUGCGUAAUGUCUUCAUUGUUGUAUUAAAGUUUCACAAUCAAAUUCGCUCGCAAAAAUGGAUUCUGAAUGCAACUGGUUACGUUCAUCCUAAUUAUUCUAAACUUGAGAAUAUGUACAAGUCAUUUUGCAAAUUAAGAACAUACAUGACACACGUGGCGAAUAAAUUGGCUAACAGUGGAUAUCAACCACAUCUUACUCAUUUUUUGCUUGCACUCAAUAUUAAUUCUCUUUACGAUAUAACAUAAUUAAAUAAUGAGUAAACACAUUUCGUUUUUAAUUGAAACAAAAUGAGUGAACAUGUUUCGUUUCUAAUGAAAACAAAAUGAGUAAACAUUAAAAAGGAAAUGAGUAAAUACAUGUUUCGUUUUUAAUUGAAACAAAAUGAGUAAACAUAUAUGUUUCGCUUUCAAUUAAAAGAAAAGAAAAAAUUAUAUGUUUCGUUUUUAAUGAAGACAAAAUGAAAUUCAGGCUGUGUAAAAUGUAUAUUAUAAAAAUAUGGAUAGAGACCACUGUCAGCAGUAGCAUUAUUAUUAUAUAAAAUUUUUAUGAAACAAACAUUAGUUUCUUAAUGUUAACUAUACACAAUACAAAUGAAUCGCAUAAAUUUAUCUUUAGAGAAGAAAUAAAAAAUGUCUUUAAAUCGUUUCACCUCGAAAAGAUACACUAAAUACUCGUAUUUUGUUAAAUAUUUUUAUUUUAAUUAAUGCCCAUUAAUUCUUAUAUAACUGUAAAUUAAUUUAUUGUCUAUUAAAUAAUUAUUCUUGAUUUCACAAUCAUCGUUAAUCAAGAAAACAAAUAAUUUUAUGAAUAAAUAUUUUAUUUCUAUA